AUGUCUCUUCAAAGCGCGGCAGACGUGCCGCUUCUCAUUAGCUCCCCCAACUCGUCCUCUGAGCGUCGAAUCUCCCCCUCGUGGACGAUUGCCCAUCUCAAGACACGUCUCGAGCCCAUUACCGGCAUUCCCGCAGGCUGUCAGCAGUUGUCUCUACGGGUUGCAUCACAGGACCCCGUUGCCCUCGUUGCUGCAGAUGAAGAGCAUACCCAGCUUGUUGCCUUCCCGCUGCAGCCGUAUGCCGAGAUCGCCGUUGUAGAUACGCGUCCACCCGCUGCACGUACAGACUUCAAUGACCUGUCCGCCGUUGAGAAGUAUGAGAUGCCGGUGGCAGAGUACGAGCAUCGGACCGAUAGUGUUCUUGCAUGGAAGAAGGCUCAAAAGCUUGGGCGAUUUGAUCCAAACGCUCCCAGCAUAGAACAACAAAAGAUCCGCGCCUCUGAGCGUGAAGUAGAAGAGAGAGGUCUAUCUGUAUCGAGUCGUGUUCGUCUACUACCCGAGUCGGAUGCACGCCGCGGCACAGUGUCGUACAUUGGGUUGAUCCCAGAGAUCCCCGGCAUAGGUGUCUGGGUGGGGGUCACUCUUGACGAGCCGACGGGGAAGAAUGAUGGUUCCGUCAAGGGCAAGCGAUACUUUGAGUGUGGCCCCAACUAUGGUGUGUUUGUGCGGCCCGAGCGAUGCGAAGCUGGCGAUUUCCCGCCUCUUGACAUGGGUGAUGAGGAUCUUGAGGAGAUGUGA